AUGAACUAUUUCGAUUUGUUUGUUCAUAGGAAGCUCAAGAAACGUCAACGGCUGCGCAUGGAGAAACGCAAGGGCAUCCUGUUUCUCAGCUGUCUACUUCCGGCAAAUCUUAUACCUCAGGAGCAGCCACAGUAUAUGAUCGUAAAAGCUGGUAUUGAAGCUUUUCGUUUAAUCGGAUAUCGGUAUAUUUAUUACGUUCAGAAUCGAACAGCGCUGAACGCAAGGAUACCGCACACUACCAAAAAAGCACCGGCUUACACUAUCUCCACGCGCAGAACUCCUAGCACAACCGUGGAACCAAGUCGUGCAAUCCGAGUUUCUGUUACACCAGACCGACAGUACGGUAGUUCUUCCAGAACGACUUUUAUUGAUGAAGAAACCAAUUAUUCGCCAUUCGAGAACGAUAACAGCGGGCACUCACAGGAAAACGAGGCCCUCGAGCAACGCAGUGCAGUGGUCGUUACAACGGACGAGCCCACUGAUAUCAUAUCACUUGCUGCAGUGGAUGUUGGCUUACCAUAUAAAAUUUCUAACGAAAUUCGGCGUGCUCCCAUCAAACCACCUCGAAAGGAAAUUGGUGCUGCGUACAGUGAGUUCAAAGGCUUCCCGAGUAGACUUGACGAAAAAAUGGACAAUGCGUUCAAUUUUCCAACAUUCGGCGACCAAACGACUGAGGGAAACAGUGCGGAUUAUGCAGAGAGCGAUCUGCCGACGAAGAAAUUUGCCGACGGAAGUCACACUUACGUUUUACAUGACGAAGAAUCGCUGAAGACGCCACCUCGUACGUUUGAAAUGUUUGUGCAACAGAUACCUCUUAGUAGCUAA